AUGGGUUUCUGGGGAGUUGAAGUGAAACCUGGGAAACCUCAACCUUUCUGUCCGCAGAGUGAACAAGGGAAGCUUCACGUAACCCAGGCAACUCUAGGUGCUGGUUUGGGUAAAGAGAAGAGUGUGAUUCAAUGUUCGAUUGGAGACAAGGCCCCGAUUUACUUGUGUUCAUUGUUGCCAAACAAAAUCGAAUCUUGCCCUUUGAAUCUUGAGUUUGAUGAUGAGGAUGAGACAGUUGAGUUCUCUGUGACCGGUGACAGAAGCAUCCAUCUCUCUGGAUUCCUGGAGGAAUAUCGGGAGGAUUAUGAGCAAGAAGAAGAAGAUGAUGAUUCGUAUCCUUUUGUUGUUAUUAGUCGCCUGAAUAAAUUAUACUCUCUUGGUUUUCAUUACGACAAUAUAAGAGAUGGUAUCGAUAUCGGUGAUAGUGGCUCAGAAGAGUCGUCUGCCUAUGAUAGUGAAGAGGAGGAUCACAUGGAUGAACUUGAGGACUUCCUUGAUACCAAUCUUGAUAUAUAUCGCCGCCGUUCUUCUGUCCCAAACAGUGGAGUUGUAAUUGAGGAGAUAGAAGAUGAAGAGAAACCAGCCGAAGAAAAUAAGACAAAACGCCCCAAGAAGAAGGGUCAAGCUACCGAAGAUGAGAAUGCGAAGAAACAAAUCAUUGCCAAAGAGACUGCAAAUGUUCCAGUUCUGGAAAGCGAAGAUGAAGACGGUCUUCCUAUUUCGAAAGAAGCACGUGAACCUGAGAGCAAGACAGCUGAAAAGAUGGACUUAGAUGAUAAUCUUAGCAACAAAAAACGGAAGGCCAAUGCUUCUGUCCAAGAUGUUGUACAAGAAAGGACUGAAAGCUCUAAGACACCAGAUAGAUCUGCUGAGAAGAAAACUAAAAAGAAGAAAAACAACUCAAGUGAGGAAGCUACAGUGAAGAGUAAAGCCAUUACUAGUAGUGUUGAGAAGCCAAAGUCAGUUUCAAUUUCUGAGGGGAAACAAGUGAACACCAAGUCUUCUCAUGUGCGAACUUACCCGAAUGGGCUGAUUGUUGAAGAGUUAGACAUGGGCAAACCGAACGCAAAGAAGGCUUCUCCUGGAGAUCAGGUUAGUGUUCGUUACAUUGGAAAGCUUCAGAAGAAUGGGAAGAUUUUCGAUUCCAAUAUCGGAAAAGCACCUUUUAAGUUCCGUCUAGGUCUUGGACAAGUCAUCAAGGGUUGGGAUGUUGGUGUUAACGGCAUGCGUGUUGGUGACAAAAGAAAGCUUACAAUUCCGCCAUCAAUGGGGUAUGGUGAGCGUGGUGCUGGUGGCCAGAUUCCUCCUAACGCGUGGCUGGUGUUUGAUGUCGAACUGAUUGAUGUCAAGCCAACCCGCUCCUGA